AAAACGUCCAGACCUUAUUUUCAUAACCCAGAAACAAUUAAGCAAGUGUUAAAUUUGAGCUUGUGUAGAGCCUGCGGAUAUUUGAGGUUCUCCGUCAUUUUCUUUGGGGACAUGGCGCAAUGGAUAUCUCCAGAACCAUUUACGCAUCCAUUCUGACAGGAUUCUUUAAAAAAGAAAGGAGAAAGGAGUUUAAGACACUUUUUACAGUUUACUGUAUAGUUUCUAUAGUUCACUUUUUAUACUUUUGUAAUGAAUUUUAAACGAAAGGAGGGGCGAAUGUCAAAGGAACUGACCACUAGUUGAAAAAACUAAAAGAAAGAUGUCUGCAUUGCUUACCACCCACCCAAAAUCGAUUGCAUUACAUCCAAGAAGCUUCGCACUUGACGUAUAAAAACAAGACGCAUGUUCUCAAGAAAGAGACGAGACAACAGGAUCCUUUUAACAUCGCUUCACAUCAGGAACUGUUGGGAGAUUUAUUUUUCUCUGACAACUUUGCGCACACGUCAUUGAAGGCAGAAGCACCCACCAAUACAUAACCGCGCUUGAAAGCCAUGCGGGCUGAGAAGAGAUGGCACAUAGUAUUGAGUAUGAUUAUUUUGCUCAUCACCUCCAGCCAGUGCAUGGACAGCAUGGAGGUAAAGCAGAAAGAAAGGCAAACUCUGCUUAACCUCAUCCUGCAAGUGGUCGGGGACAACCAACCUACAUCCAGCAGACGCAUCACCAGUGGCCUCUUCUCUGUAUCUCAAGAUGUUAAGUUUUCUUCGCGUGAAAAAACAGCAUAUUUGUCCAACAGCAGACCAAUAGAUAUUGUCCAAAGAGACACAAACAUAAAAGAUAAAUUUAUAGAACACUUUACAGCAGGACCAGUUAAGUUUCCAUCUGAAUGCAGGACACAUUUCCAUAGAAUUUAUCACAACACAAGGGAUUGCUCCAGACCAACACAUUAUAAAAGAUGUGCUCGAUUGCUAACAAGGCUAGCUAUGAGUCCCCUUUGCACACAGUCUUAGAAACCGUAUGUCUUACGGAUAUAAGAGAAGAAACUCGAGAGAUGUUGAAGUAAAUAUUUUUCCAAGGAAGUGCCUUCAAAAUACUGCAGUUAAUUUAUUUUUUUUAAAUUGCUGUCAUUUUCAUUUCACAGCUUUAAUACACUGUUAUCUCUUUUAUCAUGAUUAAUGUGUGUGUGUUAAAAUGCUUUAUCAAAUAUGGUUUUGUUGAAUAGCUUUGCAUUUUGUAUUAUGAGUUUUAAUAUAUUAUUUAACAUGCCUGCCAACUAUUUAUUAAAAUGAUAUGUACAUAUUAUGUUCUAAUACAUAUUUUAAUAUCAUUAUACCAUCAUUAGUCCUAAAUUCUUGUAUUUUGUUCCAAAAUUUCAAAUAUAAAUCUAAAUAUAUAAUUUUAUUCCUUACACUUAACAUUUGUGACCCUAGACCACAAAACCAGUCAUGAGGCAUGUAUAGGACAAUAUUUGGCCGAUAUACAACUAUUUGAGCAAAAAAAAAUAUUCAUGAAACAUGAUCUUUACAUAAUAUCCUUAAGCAUUAAACAAUAAAUUUGACCCAUACAAUGUAUUGUUGGCUAUGCUACAAAUAUACCCGUACAACUUAAGACUGGUUUUGUGGUCCAAGGUUACAUUUAUUUGUGUAUAUGAAACCUGAAAAACAUCACUACUUACCAUGCUGUCAUAACCAUGACAUUUAUCAUUGGCACUUACAAAAUUCAAAGUACAAAUUACUUCAAAUUAUAAAAACACAUUGUUUUACAACAAUGGUAUUAUUGCACUGAUGCUUUGAAAAAAUAAAAACA